CUGAAUAAAAUGAACCUCUGCUCUGUCCAACCCUCACACGGACUGAGCCGGAGCAGAUCACGGUUCUCUCACGGCAGGCAGCAUGGUCGGAACCCAGACGGAAAGCGAGUCGCAUCUUCCGGGACCACCGGGUCCAACCCUGACCCGUCCCGGUGGCUCGGAGCAUUCAGCCCCAGGGACGAGACAACCGGGCUCUCCUAGAGCAUCAGCGGGAGAGAGGAGCGCUUCCGAUUCCUCCAGAGCCUCGGUCGACAGAGACAUGGACUGUCUAGUGUGUUGCAACAGGUACGGCCCCUACAGGCCGCCAAAGCUGUUAGCCUGCCGGCAUGUUUUCUGUGCCGUCUGCCUGAAACUCCUUCUGAGUGUCCAGGAGAGCUCUUGGGUGAUCACCUGCCCCCUCUGCAGAAAAAACACAGCCGUCCCCGGCGGGCUGAUAGGCAGCCUUCGGGACCACGAAGAGGCGAGGCGGCAGAUGGAGAGGCUUCGAAAGGAGGUCCGCCUGUCCCCUCAGAGACUGGAGGGCUUCCCCGGCUCUCAGGCCCCGGGCUUUGCGGUAGAGGAAAACCAAGACUCUGUCAGUGCUAACAGAGUGGCCGCCAGGAGCCUGGUGGUGCACCUCCUACUGCUCGUCCUCCUCAUCGUCUUCAUCCUCCCGUUCGUCUACCCGGGCGUCAUGAAGUGGGUCCUGUGCUCUAUGACAUUCCUGGUCCUGGUCUUGUCCGGGAUGCUCUGCUUAUACUCAAGUUUCAGAAGGCGUUGCUCUUCGGCCGCCAACUUUGCGGGACAGCCGAAGGAUAACCCCAUCGUCUCCAUCACCUAAAGAGACGCUGCUCGGGGGACUUUCGGGUCCUUUCCCAGGGUUGGGGGGGGGGGUUUCCUGGACUCCCCAAACCAGUUUCUCCAAACAGUUUCUCGGGCAGUGAGUUCGACCUGGAAGGUUGGAGGAGGUCGAGGAGGAGGAAGCUCUCAGAUACCACCCAUAAGGAGGGGGAAGAUUUUCAGGGAACCGAGCCUUGGUUCCCGGUGAUUCUAGAAGGGGGUUUCCUGGAGUGGUAUUUCACGAAUAGGAUCAGAGGAUCUUUUUUUUCUUUCACCUUGGACUUCUAAGAAGGUCUGAAUGCAACCGUCAAUACGGGAGCUCCCUGUAGCUCCCUUGCCCUUUCCCAGCCCGACUGCACUUAUAUCACUUGUUGGGGGGGAUUUGGAGACUUGAUGGAUACUUGUUGUAAAGGUAAAGGGAUCAUAAAAGCAAACUGUGCUACCAGCCUGCCCUAAACAGCUGUCUUUAUCCAGUGGGUUUUUGUUAUGAAAUGCCCAUUUUGGAGAAAGAUGUGGAGGAGGUCUCAUCCAGUCUGACCUAGAAUUUCCACAUCUAGUUCAGCUCCUGAGCAAUGCAGAUGGAUUUGCUGAACUCUUGAAAUGUCCAUCUGGUUUGGAUGAAGUUUCUCACUGACCUCCAAGUGAAGAUGAAGAUCAAUUCUUAGAGGUCCCGGAAGGAUUUGGGUGACUCCCAGAGAGGCUUAGGAAUUGACAGAGAGAGAAAGCACUUGGCCACCCAAACAAACAUUUUCAUAAAACUCAGGGGUUGGGGCUUUUUUCAUCUUUUAUCUUCCAGGACUGUUGAUGGAGGGGAAAUAAAAGAUUUGGCAAGGCAGCUGUGCCAGUCACCGAGAGUUUGCACAGCA